AGUCAAUUUAUUCAUCUAUAUUGUUAGUAAAAUGUGGGCCACAUUAAGUGUGUUUAUUGCAAUACUGCCAAAAAUUAUCACCAGCGACCCGGCGAUAGAUUUUUACAAAAAAGUAAUAGACGAAAAUGUUGCCAAAGUUGAAAGUUACAAGUUGCCGGAAAACAAUGCCGAAUUUAUAAAUGGGUCAGAAGCUACAGAAGUCAAAGAUUUUGGUAAUUACGAUUUCAUCAUAAUUGGUGCUGGGUCUGCUGGUAGCGUUCUAGCCACCAGACUUUCGGAAAACGAAAACUGGAAAAUCCUGCUUUUGGAAGCAGGAGGCGAAGAAAAUGAUUUCAGCACGAUUCCAUCAAUGUGGGCUAACUUACAAAUGAGCGAAAUUAAUUGGGGCUAUCGUACUAUAUCGCAAAAAAAUUGCUGUCUUGGAAUGAAAAAUAGACAGUGUUUGGAACCCCGUGGCAAAGCAAUCGGUGGCAGUAGUACAAUAAACGCAAUAAUGUAUGUCAGAGGAAAUCCCGAGGAUUACAACGAGUGGGUCCGUCUAGGAAACCCUGGAUGGUCGUACGAAGAGGUUCUUCCCUAUUUUCUUAAAUCGGAAAAUUCUCAAGUUGAAGGCGAUCCAGGUUUCCAUGGAAAAGGUGGUCUUUGGAACAUUCAGUACUCUUUACCCCCAUCAGAAUUAUUUUCGAAUUUUUUACAAGCUAAUAAAGAAUUGGGUUUGGAAGCCGUUGAUUACAACGGCUAUCGUCAAUUCGGAGCGUCCAAAGCCCAAACAAACAUCAAACAUGGAAAAAGACAAAGUACCGGAACAGCUUUCCUAAAAUAUGCCCGCCAAAGACGUAACCUAAACGUCAUUACCAAUGCCUUAGUCACGGAAAUUGUAAUCGAUAAAAAAAACAAAAGUGCCGAAGGUGUUAUGUUUAUUAAAGACAAUCAAAAAUUCAGAGCAAACGCCAAUUUAGAAGUCAUAGUUUCAGCAGGCGCGUUUAAUUCGCCACAAUUAUUAAUGUUAUCAGGAAUCGGCCCAAAAGAACACUUGGAAGAACUGGGAAUUGAUCUAAUUGAAGAUUUGCCAGUUGGGCAAAACUUGCUCGAACACCCGAUGUUUUCAGGUUUAGCCUUCCGAACAAACUUUACAGUGACUGCUGAGAGUUUGGACGAACAACAAAAUCGAAAGUUUUUUGCAAGGCAAAGGUCCACUAUCGUCCAGCGUGAAGCCGUUGGUUUUAUGCCAGGUCCUGGAACUGUACCACCAAUUGAGUACAUAUUUCUUCCCCAAACUGGGACCCCAUCAGCCUUCGACAUGUUCAACUUCAAUCAGGAGUUGGAAAACUCUUAUCUGGCCAAAAUCAACUCAUCCACAGAUUUCAACAUUUUCGUUGUCUUGCUUCACCAAAAGUCCAAAGGACAAAUUCGGUUAAAAUCAAAAAACCCGACUGAUUUUCCCGAAAUUGAUCUCAACCUAUUUGAGGAACAGGAGGACGUGGACACUUUCAUCGAUGGAAUCAAUUUCGUUAUAAAGCUGACGGAAACACAAGCAUUUCGGGAUGUCAAUGCUACCCUUAUCGACAUUCCGAUUUGUCAAGAAUAUGAAAAGUAUUCGAGAGAUUUCUGGGAGUGUGCUAUUCGCCAUAUGAGUAUGACUUUGUAUCACCCGUGUGGGACAACAGCUAUGGGUCCGAAUGGUACCACUGCAGUCGUUGAUAAUCAAUUAAGGGUUCAUGGUAUUGAAAAAUUGAGAGUUGUGGAUGCUGGAGUUAUGCCAUCCACGGUGUCUGGGCAUUUAAAUGCGCCCACGGUUAUGAUAGCCGAAAAAAUUUCAGAUGUAAUCAAAGCUACUUAUAACUAAAAAUAAACUAACUUGUCGGCACACAUUUUGCCUUCCCUUCCAAGCUAUUUAUGACGUGUUAGUCGUUACUUCCUAUUUGUGUUAAAAAACAAGGCACACAAUUAAUAAAUAAUGAAAAAGUC